AUGGCACGGGGCUGCGCGGCUCAAGCCGACGGCAGCAGCCACCGUACCGACAACCCCCUUUUCGCCUCGAUCCGUGCACUAGCCGACGAGGAUCCGAUUUUCGCACCUGAUAUCACUAGUUUCUCGCGUUCCAUUCCCACCGUACUAAAAGAGUUGAAGUUUAAUUCUCUCCACCGCAAAAGGAGUCUAUUUAUCUGGUCCUGUGAUGAUUUUAGAAAUUUUGCGGAGCUUUGCUUCGAAGAAUUUGGCGACCGGAUAAAGCAUUGGAUCACGGUUAACGAGCCGUACAUUUUCAUCAUAUGUGGCUACGAUGGAGGCUUCGCCGGAAACUUUGCUCCGGGGCGGUGCUCUUCUCCGGACAAUUGCGUGCAAGGGGAUUCCGCCACCGAGCCUUAUAUUGCCGCCCAUCAUAUGCUCAUUUGCCAUGCCUCAACCAUCAAACUUUACAAGGAGAAAUAUCAGGAAACUCAGAAGGGAGAAAUAGGGAUAACACAAGUGUCUAAUUGGAUGGUACCACAUUCGAGUACUAAACUCGACAUCGAAGCAGCGCAACGAGCUCUUGAUUUUAUGUACGGAUGGUUAGUAAAUUUAUUUCAAAUUAUAUGUCGUUUAAUAUUUACAUCCAUUUUGACCGAAUCUUUGCCAAAAACAUACAAAUACUUACAUAACGUAUAUGGAGAUUAUCCAGAAAUAAUGAAAUCCUUAAUUGGAAAUCGGUUACCAAAUUUCACUAAAGAGGAAAGUUCACUGCUUAAAGGAUCAUUUGAUUUUCUGGGAGUAAAUUACUAUACUGCCACUUAUGCUUCUCAUAUUUCCUCUCCCAAUUCCAAUAUUACCAGCACUACUGAUAAUAUGGUUCAUUUUUCAUCGGAUAUUGAAGGUGUACCCAUCGGUGACCCGACCGGAGUGAACGGAUUUUAUGUCUACCCGGAAGGACUUUACGAACUUCUAAUCUACACGAAAGAAAAUUACAAUAAUCCAACUAUUUACAUUACCGAAACCGGUAUUGGCGAUCAGAAUAACGGCGACGUAGAAAACGGUAUCAAAGACGUACAAAGAAUUGAUUUCUACAAUCGCCAUAUCCGAGGUGUUCUACAAGCAAUACAACAAGGUGUAAAUGUGAAGGGUUUUUUUGCAUGGUCAUUUUUGGAUAAUUUUGAAUGGGUCUCCGGGUACACUAUUCGGUUCGGGCUUUGUUAUGUGGAUCAUGAAAAUGGGCUGAAAAGAAUUCCUAAACAAUCAGCUCUUUGGUUCAAGAAUUGGCUCACCAUGAAAUAAAACAAUGGGAUUCAAUUUUGUGUUAUUAUUAAUAUUAUAUUGGAAGUUUGUU